AUGCAAGAUGUUGAGCGGCUUCGUGCUGUUGUCGAGCCUUCUCGACCAGCCUCUAUUGAUCAUGUGAGUGUAGAUAUCAGUGUUGAAUCUUCUAGGAACAAAUUUGGGGGAAAUGUGUUUGUGGAUUAUUAUAGUAAAGAGGGGGUUCUCCCUACGGUUAAUAAAGGGAAAAUUGUUUGGCAAAGUGUUGGUAAUCGUGAUGUUGAAAAUCUUGCCAUGGUUUGUCAUUUACAUCCACAAAAGUUGGCUAGAGGGGUUUCGCAUGUGAUGGAUGUUCAGAUAGAGGUGAUUGAUAUUUCGAAUGAUGGGAAUGUGGACAAACGUGUUGUUCCCAAAAGGGACAUGGGCGUUGAUUGCGUGGGGUUUGAACCAGGUGUUGUUUCUGAAACUUUUGAUCGUGUGAAGGUUGAGGGUGGUGGGAAUAAUGUAAAGAGGGUGCUCAAAUCUUGA